AUGGAUCUCAUUCCAAGUGCCUUUGUGGCACGCCCGUUGAAGAUUGUGGUUAUCGGUGCUGGUAUUUCGGGAAUCCAAUUUGCACAUGAUGCGACCACUUCGUUAUCAGGUGUCGAUCUCGAAAUAUACGACAGAAAUCCUUCCUUGGGGGGAUGCACAUGCGAUGUGCCUUCCCACACCUACCAGUUCAAUUGGGCACCUAACCCCUCAUGGUCAUCGCUUUAUCCUCCAGCCCCCGAGAUUCACAAAUACCUGGAGGAUGUAGUCGAUAGGCACAAUCUCCGCCGCUUUAUGACCUUCAGCACCCAAUGCAUCCUAGCGGAAUGGAAUGAAGUCUCCUCAAAAUGGAAGGUUGUACUCCGCGAUAUGCUUACCAGCGAAGAAAGGAGCAUAUUUGCUGAUGUCUUUGUCUACGCUGUUGGGCGGUUGAACAACUACAAGUUCCCCAAGAUUGCAGGCCAAAAGACCUUCCGAGGAGUCCAAGUACAUACUGCAAACUGGCGAGCUGAUAUGACCGUCAAGGACAAGCGAGUGAUUGUGAUUGGGAAUGGUGCAAGCGCCAUUCAGUGCGUGGCAGCUUUGCAGCCAGUUGCUUCGCAAAUAAUAAACAUUGCGCGAGGUCCAACAUGGAUCCUCCCACAUGUAUCGGCUGAAGAUGGUACCGUCCAGCGCGAGUACUCAACCGAACAGAAACAAGCUCUACAGGCAUGCCCUAUGCGCUAUUACAACUUUUGCAUCUCACUAGAGCAGAGACUCGCCGCAAGUUUCACGGGACUGUGGAGAGGAACAAAGUCUCAAGCCAAUUUCACAUCAUUGGCACAUUCAUUCAUGAAGUCCAAGAUCACGAGCCCCGAUCUUCUAGAUGCCCUCGUACCGGAAUUCGAAGCUGGCUGUCGUCGUUUCACGCCGGGUGGUCACUAUCUGGAUGCGUUGCAGAAGCCGAAUGCCGUGUACGUGCAUGACUCAAUCAAAAAGCUGACCGAGGGUAGCCUCAUCACUGAAUCUGGAGGGGAAUACGAGUGUGACAUAUUGGUGUAUGCUACCGGCUUCGAGCCAUACCAGCCACGGUUCCCAGUCACUGGCCGCGCUGGACGAUCACUCAGCGAAGAGUGGGAUCGCGAGGGACCCUGCGAGAGUUAUAUGGCUGCGAUGGUCGCUGAGUUCCCUAACUUCUUCGUCUUCAACCCGCCAAUCUGCCCUGUGAAUGGAUCCGCCAUCCCUGGCAUCCAGAGAGCAAGCGACUAUAUGGUUCGAGUCUUAUCCUCGACUGCGGACAGACAGACUGCGGUCCGUAUCUGUGACACAGUGUGCUCAACGCGCAUACAACCAAUGGGUCCAGUCGAGAAUGCCUCACAUGGUCUGGUCAGGACCAUGCAAAUCAUGAACGACAACGGAAAGGUGAUUGUUCCCUGGCCUGGCACUGUCCUCCACUACUAUGCGGCAACCGAAAUUGUCCGCUGGGAAGACUUCGAUCUAGUCUACGAGAAUCCUGAUGAGAAAUAUGCAAGUUUCGGCAAUGGUGUGACAAUCGAUGGAUUUGUGCCCAAUCGUUUCCCCUGGGUUCAUCCUCCCACUGAUAUCCAGAAGCCGGAAAUGAAUGCGGAGCCAGCUUCUCUACUCCUCGCACCAAGCAACAUGCUGUAUCGUGUUACAAGCCAAUUCUUGCAGUUGUUGGGCACAUGGCCGUAUUCUGGCGAGCCAGUCAACAGUUGA